AUGCCACCUCCAAAGAAGAAUAAUAAUAACAAUAAUACUGUUGUUGGAAAACAACAACAACAACAACAACAACAAAAGAAAGUUGAAGAAAAGAAGAAAAAGGUUGAAGAAGAGGAAGUAGUCGAUUCAUCAUCAUCCUCCUCUGAAUCCGAUUCAGAUUCAGAUUCAUCCUCAUCUUCCUCUGAUAAUGAAUCUUCAUCUGUUUCAUCUUCAUCAGAAUCUGAAAAGGAAGAACAAGUAAAGAAACCACCACAACAACAACAAGGAAAGAAAGCUGCUGCAAAGAAAUCAGAACCAUCUCAUGAAUCAAGUUAUGUUAAUGAUGAUAAUCGUGGAACUAUAUUUGAUGAUGAAGAAGAGGAAGAAAGUAGUGACGAUGAUGAAGCAAAGUUUGACUCGAACGAAUGGAGAGAUGAUUUCCUAAAGUUGUUGCCAUUGCUCAGUAUGCAGAAAAAGGUUAGCACUGACCUCAAAUUCUUUAACAAGGAGGAUCAAGACAGAGGUUUGGCAGAGACUGAAGCAAAGAAAAAGGCGAGAUUGGAACAACUCAACGAUCCAAAGAACAUAACCGUCGGUCAAUUGGUCAAGAAAAGAUUGUUAAGUGAUAAUGAUAGUGACGAUGAACUAUUAGAAGAAGAACAACAAGAACAAGAUCAAUAUGAAGAAGAACAAGAAUAUGAUGAAGAACAAGAAUAUGAAGAGGAAGAAGAAAACUAUGAAGACUUACCAUUUGUCAAACAAGAAGAACAUUUAAAGAAAAGUUUCAUGUCGGCUGUCAAUCAAGAUGAUGAUUCAGACGACUCUGAUGAUGACUCGUCUGAUGGAGAAUUGUUUAAAAAGAGAAGUACCAAAUCUAAAAAGGAACAGGAUGAAGAGAAUGAAGAUUUCCUUCAAUUCCGUGAGAGAUUGGAAGCUGAUUCAAAGUUGCAAGAUGAGGAAAUGUCUGCCAUCAAACAAUACUGGGACUCUAAAAAGACAGAUACCACCGAUGAAGACAAGUUCCUCAGAGACUAUCUGUUGGGUCAAAAGUGGAUGGACGAUAUCAAGACUCCAGAAGCUACCAAGGAACUAGAAGAAGAAUUAGAAGAAGAUGCUCAAGAUUUAAAUCAACAAGAUAGAUAUGAACAUAGAUACAAUUUUAGAUUUGAAGAACCAGGAGCAGCAACUAUUUCAUCAAAUCCACGUCAAGUUGAUUCACUUCGUAGAGCAAAUUCUACAAGAAAGGAAAAGAGAGACAAACAAAAGGAAAAGAAGAAAUUGGAUGCCGUUCACAAAGAGGAAAAGUUGAAAAAGUUAAAGAAUGAAAAGAAAAAGGAGAUCUUGGAAAAGAUCAAGGAAGUUAGUUCAAUCACUGGAUCAACCAUGUUUGAUAUGCAUCCUGAAGAAAUCAAGAAAAUGGAUCCAACUCUAUUGGUAAAACAAUUGACUAGUAGAGGAAAGAGAGGUCAAGUUGAAGAACAAUGGACAAAUCAAGGUGAAGAAGGUGAAGAAGGUGAGGAGGGAUACAAUGGUGGUGAUGAAGAGGAAUACAAUGGUGGUGAAGAACAAGGAGAUUACCAAGAGGGUGAAGAGGGAGAUGAAGAUUCACAAGGAUAUCUCCAAGAAAUGGCCGAUAGUGGAUACUUUGAAGAUGACGGUGAAGAUGAUGGUGAAGAAUGGGAUGAUGAAAGAAUGGCUAAAGAAAAGGCUGAAUUGGAAGCAAUGUUGGAUCAAUACUAUGGUAUUGAUUAUCAAGAUAUGAUUGAUGAUACACCAAUUAGAUUUAGAUAUAAUCAAGUUGAAGCAAAUUCAUAUGGUUUAUCAAUUGAAGAUAUUUUGAGCAAGGAUGAUGCAGAGUUGGAGAAACUUUGUCCAUUGGAUUCUAUUGCACCAUACAAGGGUCAUCUUCGUGGAUAUGAUCAUCAAAGAGCUGAAAAGAGAUAUUUCGAUCGUGGUAACAGCAAGUAUUUGACAUCGUCAAAGAAAACAUUUACUGCCGGUAAACAAACUGCGCCAAAAGGAAAAUCAUCAACUAUGAGUUGGUCAGAAAGAAAGAAUGCCAUUUCAAACAAAGAUAAUAAGAAACAACAAGAUGUUGAAUUUAAUAAUAAUAAUAAGAAUAAUAAUAAGAAUAAUCAAUUUUAUGACAAUGAAUAUUCUGGAAAUAACUAUAAUAAUAAUAAUAAUAAUAAGAAACAACAAGAUGUUGGAUUUAAUAAUAACUAUAAUAAUAAGCAAAAUUACAAUAAUAAUAAUAAUAAUUAUGGAAAUAAUAAUAAUAACAACUAUGAAGACAAUCAAUAUGAAAAUGAUAAUAACAACAACAACAACUAUGAAAAUAAUGAUAAUAAUGAUAAUGAAGCACCAAAGAAGAGAAAGAAGAACAGAAACAAGAAUAUUUUAAAUCCACAAAAGGCUCAAAAGUUUAACUAA